UAUAAGGCACUUUCUCUGUGUAUCGUUGAUGCAAAGGGGUACACCGAUCGCCAAAAUGGCCGGGAUUCUGGGGCGGAGUGUUUCUCAUCGGGUUUUGCGUUCCGGCGAAAUUAUCCGGCGAAGAUUUUUCUCCUCGGACGCUCUCGUCAAGAUCAAAUCGGGCGAAAUCGGUAUGGUUUCAGGAAUUCCAGAAGAACACCUUAACCGAAGGGUUUUAAUAUACUCACCAGCUCGAACGGCAUCACAGCAAGGGUCCGGAAAAGUUGGGAAGUGGAAAAUCAAUUUUCUCUCGACACAGAAGUGGGAGAAUCCACUGAUGGGCUGGACAUCUACUGGGGACCCCUAUGCAAAUGUUGGUGAUGCAGCGUUGUACUUUGACAGCGAAGAGGCUGCUAAGGCCUUUGCUGAAAAACAUGGUUGGGAUUACGAGGUCAGAAAGCGUCACACACCGCUUCUCAGGCCGAAGGCUUAUUCUGACAAUUUUAAGUGGAAAGGCCCUCCCAUGUCUGAGCCUGAGUGACUCCAUUUUCGAUUGUUUUCACUUUUCACUUCCUGGGUGGCGCUCAGGGAGAGAGGAUCAUGGGAAGCCCCAGUUCUGAUUAUGGUACCAUUUCCUUGGUUUUUUGAGAUGUAAUCCUUGACCGUGAUUUCGGGUUCUCCGUUAUAGUUUCCAUUUCUGUACUGAGAAACUUCUCAAUGUAAGAACAAGAUCAACACUUUCUUAAUGAAAUAAACUGGGGUUUUCAUUUGUCACCUU